AACUAACGAAAUUUUGAAACCAGUGUGGCAGUACUAAUCGAUGGUUUUUCUAAUUCAAGCAUACCUUGGCUGGUACAGUAAAAUACCCUUAUUUGUUUAUUAGUACUUGUCAUGGAGUUAUGAAAAUAUGAACAAGGAGCCAUUUGUAUGAAAUAUGAAGUUGCUGAAAUGAGUUCGGGAUUGCCAGUUUUCCCUGAUAUUCGCGCCAUAACUCUACGAGUAGACUUACCCUAAUUUAGGAAUUAUUGUUCUUCCAAUCUUCCGAAGUCCGGACCCAAAGUCACUACUGACUGCACUUACAGUUGAAGACCCGGUAAUUUGGAUUUUACAAUAAAUUUUAUGCCUCCACUUCGACCGACCGAAAUAAUGCUGAGUCCGGAAAAUAAUGAUAUAAUUAAAUCUUGGGCGGAUGUGUCGAUUAUAAUUCCCAAGCAUCCUCAUGGAAGUGGUGCAGCGGUUCCCGAGAAAGUUUUUGGUGUCUUGCAGAUCGUCAGCAAAGAUCGUUUCGGAACGUAUCUGGAAUGGACGCCUUCGAUGGAGUCCUUGCUGUCCGAAGAUGGCACCUAUAAAGCGCAGUCGAGCUGCACUGUCUUCACAUCGAAAGACGGCUCGUACAGGAUUCCGCACAUCAGCAUCGACAUCGAUGACAUUAAAUGCUUCAAAAUUUCUGGAGGGGAAUGUAAUCCCCAGAAGGUGGUGUUCAUUACAAAUGACGGUACCAGUCAUCCCACACUGGAAAUACCGGAAGAGAUCUAUAAUGCUCUUGUCGCUUUCCUGCAGACACGUUUGUUACUGGAGAGAUCCGCCAAGGAUGCCAAUCUCUGUCUGGUUCGUGAUCGACGACGGGCACGAAAACGGAACGAUCCAUACGAGAUGCCGGAACAGUCGCCGCACUUUUUGCAGAGAUUUGCUCGAAGCCCGGUAACGACAGCCUUCCUGGGGCUAUCCAAAGUGCACAAUCUGCUCAUGAAUGCCGUGGAUGUCCUGGCUCCGCCUCUUGCCGAGCCGGAAAUGGCUAGGCCAUAUCCGGAAUAUCAAAUGCCGCCCCUCGGCGUUUUGCAGAGCAGGGAAGACCAAGAUUUUGAGGUGAUAAGCAUUAAGCCACCACUUGAGUUGCCGCCGCGCCCGCCCGUUGCCCGGCGGGGCCCUUUGACUGCUCAGGAAUGGAACCAUUGCUUUGAUAAAGACGGGCGAAUUUCGGACGAAAAUGCACUGCGUGUGAAGGAGAUAAUUUUUCGCGGGGGCGUGGACCCAUCGAUUCGAAAAGACGUGUGGAAGUAUCUUCUGGGAUACUAUGAAUGGAAUGCUUCCCUUGAAGAGCGGCAGGAGCGCCGACAGGGACUUAUGGAUGAUUAUUAUCGAAUGAAGAAUCAGUGGAGCACAAUUAGUGCGGAGCAGGAGCGGCGGUUUUCCGUAUGGCGCGAACGGAAAGAUCUUAUUGAAAAGGAUGUUCACCGAACCGAUCGCACUCAUCCAUUCUUUGAAGGGAAAAGCGCGGCGCUGAAGGUGAUGAAUGAGUUGUUGCUGACGUACUGUAUGCUGAAUUUUGAUCUGGGGUAUGUGCAAGGCAUGUCAGAUCUUUUAACACCUGUUUACGUGGUGAUGGAUGGGGACGAGGUGGAUACUUUUUGGACCUUCAAUGGCUUGUUGGAACAUGUGACACAUAAUUUUGAAAUGUCGAAGCUAAUGUAUGAGCUGGAAGAAAUGGCAACAAUCAUGAAGUAUUUGGAUCCCUCAUUGAAAGCAUAUAUGGAUUCUAACGAUCCCAAGAUGUACUUUUGUUUUCGGUGGCUCUUGGUGCAAUUUAAACGGGAGUUUAGUUUCGAUGAUGUGAUGCGUUUGUGGGAGAUUUUCUGGACCGGCUUCCCGUGUAAAAAUUUUCAUUUAUUAUUUGGAUACGCAAUUUUGGAGGUGGAGAAGAAUACCAUCGUGGAGAACAAGUUUUCCUCGACUGAGAUUUUACGGCAUAUUAACGAUUUGUCGAUGAACAUCGACUUGGAGCGCACGCUGAAGCUGGCAGAAAGCAUUUACCACCAGUUGAUGGGAGCGGAAGAGUUGCCGACGUCAAUACGGAAGAUAAUUGGCCUGGCUACCGCGUCGGAAACCUCCAACACGCAGGAUUACUCCCCAGAGACACCCUUGUUGCCUCUGUCCAAAGUCAGCUCUUCUAGUAACAUUCGUGAUAGGUCACCACAGAUAUGCGACCGCAAGCGGCAGCCAUCGGGAACAGAUAAUUCAAUUAUGUGAAAUGAACGGACAAGUUCUUCCUGUGCGUUACCAUAUUGGUCAUCGCUCGUCAGUGGAAUUUUGUUCUAGUUAAUGCGGAAUGUCGAUACUUUUUUGUUUAGAGAUCCAUAUACCGGUUAUGCUGAGAUGUUCUGUAGUCAUUUUCGGCCUUGAAUUAUGCCUUUGCUUUAUGUGGGUUUCGGUUUUGAAUUCUGUGUAGAUUUACGAUGCAUAGUUAAUGUUCUGUUUUAGUCGUCUUAAUUUUAAUUCUCACACGUUUUCUGGAAUUAAGCUCGUUACUGCUUGUGCCAAACAUUUUGUCGACGUCGUCCAUCAGAGGAGCGUGGGUGGUUUCGUAGCUAUAUAUGCCAUACUAAUUCCCUAAACUCUUGACCAAUAUUCAAUAGUAAAAUUUUUAUCACGUG